CCAGAUGGGGCUGGCUCGUACGCGGAAGUCGCAGUUCCGCUCAGUCCAGUUCACUUCGAAACUGACGAGCGACGGAGUAAAGUCACGCGUCUCUCUGCGAACACCGGACCCGGCGUCACGAGCAAGGUGAAUCAUGAGCAGCAGCUACAGUGUCUCCCUGGCUGGCCCUGCCCCAUGGGGGUUCAGACUACAAGGAGGGAAGGACUUCUGUCUGCCCCUCACCAUCUCUCGGCUGACUGAUGGAGGCAAGGCAGUCCGAGCCAAGAUGAGUGUCGGAGACAUCAUUCUUUCCAUUAAUGGCAUUUCCACGGACAGCAUGAAUCACCUAGAGGCCCAGAACAAGAUUAAGGCCUGCACAGGCAGUCUCAACCUCACUCUACAGAGAUCCUCCUCUGCCCCUAAAGAUGGAGUGCCCAAGGAUGAACCUCAAGAAAUCAUUAAGCCUGUCCCAAUCACUCACCCUGCCGCAAGCACCACAUACACCAAGCCAUCAAGUCAGCCCAGUCCUGCAUACAACAAGACAGCUCGACCAUUUGGGGGGGGCAGCAGUGUGGUCACAGCUUCUUCUUCCCCAGCUGCCCCCAGAGUAGCCUCCAUUCCCUCUGAGACAUCCGCUUUCACGCCAGCUGCUCCUUCUCAGCCACCACAGCCUCCAUUUCUGCUGAAGUCCAGCCUCCCUGCCCCAGACUCAGGUUCAGCCAACUCAUUUCCCAGGCCCAGCCCUGCUCGCUCCACCUUCACCUCCCCGUCUGCCUCUUCCUCCUCAUCUAACUCCUCCUCCCCUGCCAGAGUGACAGCUCCUUCCUCCCAACCCACUGUCCCACAGCCCUCCGUCUAUAACACACCUAUCCAACUCUACUCCAAUUCCAAUGCUUGUGAGGUCGUAAUGGGCCAGAGACGAGGUCUUUUGGAGAGCCAGGGGCUGUCAGAGCACGUCAAUGGGCAACCUGUUGUAGAGCCUGAGAAUCAUGCAUCCCCACUGAGCGAUGCCAGCAAGAAGCGUCUGAUUGAGGACACGGAGGACUGGCACCCACGAACGGGAACCUCCCAGUCCCGCUCCUUCCGUAUCCUGGCCCAGCUCACUGGCACUGAAAAUGAGCAAGUUCCAGAGAACAGUGGAAAGAAUGAGGCAGUUGACAAAUCCACUCCGACUGUGCACACGUUGCCUGCAGCAAAAACAUACUCCAAAUCUGCAGCAGCACCCAGGAAUGGCAGCGUUGUCCCUGCUUCUGCAUUCAAGACCCCUGUAGUCCAGAACAAACACUCCUACCAGCCUGGAGGUCCAUCAGGUUUUCCUAAGGGUGGAGUAGCUCCUUCGUUUGGCAAAGUCACCAGUCUUCCUUCAAAAGGUCCAGACCGCCCCACCCCACAGCCACAUCCAGAGGACCUCAACUCUCUGGUGCAGCGGGCUGAGCACAUCCCGGCCGGUACACGCACUCCGAUGUGCAGCAAGUGCAACAAUGUCAUCAGAGGCCCAUUCCUUGUGGCCAUGGGUAUGUCAUGGCACCCCGAGGAAUUCAACUGUGCUCACUGCCACUCCUCCCUGGCAGACCGUGGAUUUGUGGAGGAGAAGGGCCAAGUGUACUGCGAACGCUGCUACGAGCAGUUCUUUGCUCCCACCUGCUCCUGCUGCCACCAGAAGAUUCUGGGGGAAGUUAUGAAUGCCCUGAAACAGACCUGGCAUGUGUCCUGUUUCGUCUGUACCGCCUGCCAACAGCCAAUCAGAGGCAACAUGUUUCACAUGGAGGAUGGACGGCCAUACUGUGAAAAAGACUACUACAACCUGUUCGGGACCAACUGCCACGGCUGUGACUUCCCCAUCGAGGCUGGGGACAAGUUCCUGGAGGCUCUCGGAUUCACCUGGCAUGACAGCUGCUUUGUGUGCACGGUGUGCUCUACCAAUCUGGAAGGUCAGCCAUUUUUCUCCAAAAAAGACAAGCCUUUGUGCAAGAAACAUGCCCACACUGUCAACAUCUGACCUGCCUCCUUGAAUAUGAACAGGAUAGGGCAAUGGUGUCCAUUUACAGCAAUUUAUAUUUCAGUCAGAUGUUGAAUAUUCUCAGAAUUAUAACUGGUCUGAUAUAUCUGUUUGUGCGUUCUGUGACAUAACGUUGGGUCGGAGGUUCCAAUGUAAGCUUUAUUUUUGGUCCAGUAUUGUUUUAAUUUGCCAUACUCAUUGGUGAUUUCUUUUCCGUUUUUUUUUUUUUAUAUGUAUGCAGGAGUACAUUUGAAUACACUGUUAGCCCCCUCUGCCAGUUAUAUAUCUGUGCAAGUGGAUUUUUAGUACAUGUGUUUGUGCUGGGCUUUUUAUUUGUGUGGGUGGUGUGUUAAGUUCUUGAUGGGCAUUUUUAUUUGACACAGAAUACACAUACUGCAAUGACCUACUGAACCCCUCAGGGGUCACGCAUUUGAAAAAUUUGAAUGUGGAAAUCUGUGACUUGUGUCAGAUAAACGAGUGUAAGGUUUAGAAAUUAGGAUUAUUUAGGGGGAAAAAAUAUGUAUUUGUAAGCAGGGACCACUCAAGUCAAUGUGUUGUGGCAACAAAAAUACUUAUGAGCAUCUGGCCUUGUAUAGAAAUGGGAAAUUUUAUUAUAAUUAUUUGUAUUUUAUUUUAAAGUAAUAUGGUGUUUAAUCAUUCCCAGUAAAUAAAAGCACAAAUUAGUAAUGUGCACAGCAGUGUGUAAAUUAGACACUACAUGGACACUGCAUUUAUAGUUAAUGCAUGAGGAUUAGGUUCAGCCCAGGGGUAUUUUGACAGAUCCAGUAGUGAUGUUCUGCUGUUUAGAUAUAUUUAAUCUAAUGCCUAUAAUUCAGGUGCAAAGAGGUUAGUGAGCAUGCUUGUAGUGAAUACCCAUAUGAAAAUGUACUUCUUUCAUGGUUUUUUUUAAUAUAAACAUUUUUCACAUUGAGGAACUGUAUGUAGGCUAUGCCUCACUCUACCCAUCAGGGCAUGGUCAUAUUUUAUUUGUUCUCGCUGAUUGUUUUUUUUUUUUGUUUUUUUUUUUGUGAUGUUCGGUGGAAUUCAGUCAGUUACUCACAAAAAAAAUUAAUAUAUACCUUCAGAAGCUGCUGUCAGCUUUUCUUUUGUCUUGCACUAUUUCUGUGUAUAGAAAAAAGGUUUCUAUCUAUACACAAAAUUUUUCUCAUUCGACACUGCAUAAAUAAGCAAUUCUCUUCUUCUCUUUUUACUUGCAUUUCAAAUAAAAGGGUUCAA